AUGGUUUUCUCCAGCAAUUGGGGUUCUAUUCACAGCUAUAUUAGUAGAGAGCGCAAUAAAACUUCCUGCCAAAAAUUUGGAGUUUCAGCAAGUCUUAGUAUUGUACAGGCCAUCAAUGCAAUUAUUAUUGCUAUAACAAUUGCUAUCUUUUGGAUUGCAAUACAAGCACAGGCAUCGCAGGUUCAAAGCAGGCUAGUAAGUAUUGGUGGUGGAAUCCCGUUAAAGGAUUUGGCAUCAUGGAUUAGCAUAAACUCUCCUCUCGGUUUAUUUAAGGCAUACAAGUCUGGAUCAUUGAGGUUGUGGAUCGUUCUUGCGGGGUUGGUUGCAACUACACUUAAUGCUGGUUCUCGCCAAACCUACACUGUGGGUAACGUUUCAUCAGGAUUUCAUACUGUUGUAACUAAUACCGUACCAGAACAAAAUCUUCAAGGAAUGGUAUGUGGUGCUAAUUGCAUUAGCGUUUCGCCGUAUAUACUUAGUAGUCGUUUUGAUAGUCUAGCUUCGAGUAAUAAUAUCACCACUGACCCUUAUAAUGCAUCAGAUGGGUUCACUAUAUAUUUGCCGCCACCUUCUUUUUAUGGAACAGGAACUACUAUUAUCAAUAGACGUGGUGUUAUUGGCGAUAAGAUAGAAUGCUGGCAACAGUCUGAAUUACCAAGCACAAUCUAUGUUUCCGAAUCUAUGCUUAAGGACAGAUAUUUCCACGAAACAGGCAGUCAAACUUUUGUUAUUGCGAUAGAUGUGUCAUCGAAUUAUACUGGUGGAAUAACCUGGACGGCAGUGCUUUAUCUAAAUAAGAACAGUACUAAACCUGAGGAAAGUGUAGACGGAUAUUAUACUGUAUGUAAUGCCACUUCAAAGAUAUAUGACAUAACUGCUCGCGCAUCGUUUAACAAUAAGUGGGAAAAAUCAAGUAUAAUCAUGAAUUUAGACUCGCGGCUCGUGUUUACUGAAGGUAACUAUCUCUCAGAUGGUAGCAUUAAUCCAUAUACUCCAUCAGAUUGUACAAAUUGUGAUUUUGUUGGAAAUGAGAACGGUAAUAUAACAAUGGCUCUGGUUUUCGGUAGUAAAAUAGAAGCACUGCUCUCAUUUCCGUUAGAUUAUGCAAAUAUUGGGUUUGACGGAAAAGGGUAUCCUUUACCAUCUCAUACCUGGCUUGGUUACAAUUAUUCAAGAUUUUUCCAAAGUCCUGAUGAUGUUUCACGAGCAAUCGACAGUUUGAAAAAUAGAUUUAUAGUUGCACUAAGCGAGGUUAAUAAAGUAUCAGAUGGUAUGAAUAUAGGACUGCAAAUCGAGGGGACUUACUCCUGUGUUGUUAAUCGAUGGCCUGUAAUUUAUUUGCUCUUGGCAUUGUCUGGAUUAAUUGGAUUGAUUGGAUGUUAUUAUACUAUUAGCAUGAAAUCGAAGUUGAUUGAUAUUGGACCAAAGAGUUUGUUAGCUCUAGGAACAACUUAUGAAACACAACAGAUAUUACGUAGUACUAGUGUACUCGGAGAGGAAAAUAUUGCUGCUUUUAAUAGUGAUAAGGUAUGUCUUAUAGACAUUGAACACCAGAAUGUUAACUGGUCAACUCUUAGCUUUACUGAUGUGGAGAAGGCGAAGGUGAGAGUGAAGAAGAGCUCCUAA